AGAUAUGCUAAUUUAAUUGAAGAAAAAGUAAACAAAAAGCAAUCUCUUGGAGAUAACGAAGCUGGAUAACGCUUUUAUUUGGGGAUCAGAUCACCUUGAUGAUAUGAUGGCGGAGAGCAGUAGAGGAACCACAUAUAGCCACUGGCUGAAUUGGUGCCGUCUGUGUGCCAAGGACGAUGUGCGCGGCAAUGUGAAAGUUUACACGAAUGAGAAAGGUCAGGGAACCUGGGACAAUGUGAUGAUUAUGGCCAUACGUAGGUACUUCGAGGUGCAUAUGCGUCUGGAGGAUGAGCUAAGCAGCGUUCUUUGCACAGAGUGCUACACCCUGAUCAGUGAACUAAUCGAUUUUGCGGAGCAUGUUACCAAGGUGCAGGCCAUCUUUGAAGUAUUGCGCCGCACAGAGACGGAUCAGAAUAAAAAGCUGGAUGUAUUUGCACUCAGACAGCAGUAUGGACUUUGCGCGGACGACUGGUCGCACAUCAUCAAGCCGAUGGCAGUGCCAGAGAGCGUACCCAGUCCUGCCAGGUCCCUAGAGUUGGAAACUGAAGUUUCUGUGCUGGAUCUCAUAUAUCACGACCACGUAGAAGUAUUUAAUGCAUCUGGAAACCAAGAUGGAGACACAUUCACCCUACCGAAGCCGGCGGAGACAAUACAGGAAAGCCAGGAACAAAUAUUAAAAAUCGCUCCUUCCGACAACACGCCUUGUGGCAUCUCAAAGCAGGAAUUUAUAGAUUUAGGUCCACUUUUUCAGGGCGAAAAGCUAAUGGAGAACAAUCUGGAUGCCACCGCAAAUGCGUUGGAGGCGGAAGAUGUUCUAAUUGCUGAACCGGACGCCAUCAACCGACUUAAUGAGCAGAUUGACUCGAAUUUGGAAGCAUCGUGUGGUCCAGACGAGUGCAGCGACGAGGAUAUCAAGCCAGAUGUGUCUGGCAACUGUGAUGAUGAUCAAGAAUUUCUACAAGAGCAACCUAGUCCCGCGACGCUCGGGAUUCAACCACCAACCAAAAAUGUGGAAAAAUCUCAUACCGACAACUACGAGGAGAAAGUUCAAUCCUGCAACCCUAGCAAACGCUGUCGCAUGGAAUGCGAGAGAUGCGGAAAGAGCUAUCGGAAUCGUGCCUCCUACGAGAAGCACAUAGAUCAGGAAGAGUGCCAGAGAAUCGUUCGAAAAGUGAAGGUGGAUAGGAACACGAGCUGUGACCUCUGCCACAAGACGCUCUCGUCGGUGUCGGCCCUGCGGCUGCACAAGGAGGGUAUGCACGAUAACGUGAAGCCAUUCGUUUGCGACAGUUGUGGCAAGCAGCUAAAGACGAUAACGGCUUUAAAUGAACACAAGCUAGUCCACACCGACAGUCGUCCGUUCGAGUGCCCCGUAUGCAAGGCGGGAUUCAAGAAUCGGGCACGUCUGAAGGUUCACUGUCAGAUCCACGAGGAUCCCAGCUUCGUAUGCAAUAUUUGCGGUAAAAGGCUGCAAACGCGACGCACCUGGAACAUGCAUAAGGUGGUGCACAAAGAGGAGCGUAACUUGAAAUGUGAUGUUUGCGGCGCCCUCUUCAAACGGUCCAAGACUCUGAAGACGCAUUUGCUUAGCCAUACGGGUCUGAGACCCUAUAUAUGUAACUAUUGCGGGAAAACCUUUGCCUGCAAUGCCAAUUGCCGUUCCCACAAGCUGAAGAAGCAUUCGCAAGAGAUCCAACAGGGCGACCGGGAGAGCUUGCCAUCGCGUUUGAGUGUUCCCACUCUGGAAGAGCUGCGUGUAAUAACACAGAAACUACCAAAAGACGAGAAGCAGCCAUAAAGAAACACAAAUAAAGUCCAAUUCAGAAAAC